AUGGCCUUCUGGUGUCACCAGGUGAAGCACGGUAGGGAGGAAGACACGCUGGCUUUGCAGUCCCAGUGUCUACUGUGUGCUCAACCAAUGAAGCAGGGCUGCUUGUUCCAACACUGGAAGAAGAUCGGUCUGGACAUCCUUAAAGAUGGACCUCCAUGUGGUGGAGACCUGACUCAGACACAAGGGGAAUUUUUCAGCCCAAAUUUCCCCGAUGAAUAUCCAGAAGAUACAAACUGCAUAUGGAGGCUCCUGAGCCCUGAGCAGCAGGUGGUGUCGUUAACCUUCGUGUCUGUUGAUAUCGAGUUGUGCCCCGACUGUGACUGUGACGCUGUAUACGUGUACGACGGCCCGUCUUCUUCAUCUCCCUUAUUGGGAACUGUAUGUGGACAUGGAAGGAAGACCUUCAGCUCAAGCAGGAACACUCUAACUGUGGUUUUCUCCAGCGAUAGCUCUAUUAACGGGAGAGGAUUCAUCGCACACUGGAACACAGUUCUAUGUGGUGGAACUCUGACUCAGUCACGAGGGGAAUUUUUCAGCCCCAGUUAUCCCAAUAAUUAUCCCAAUUACGCAAACUGCACAUGGAGCCUGCUGGCUGGAGAACUGCAGGUGGUGUCGUUAAACUUCACAUUCGUCGAUUUGGAGUCAUGCUGUGACUUUAUUCACGUGUACGACGGCCCGACUGCUCGGCAUUCCCUUUUGGGUUCUGUGACUGGAAAUCAGAGAGCUACCUUCAACUCCAGCAGCAGAUACGUGACCGUCAUUUUCUCUAGUGAUUUCUCCAGGACUCGACAAGGCUUUCGAGCAGAAUGGGCUUUCAUAGGUAAGUGUUAUUUAAUGUCAUUUCAACUCCACUCAUUUUGUUUAUGGACAGUUCAGUGAAAAAAUGUAGGUAUAGUGGCAUUUUAUCUUGAGCCAGUUGUCCAUACAUGGCCGUAUCCUUAUUCCUCUGGCCAGCUUGCAUACACCAAUGGUUAAACAGAGUGGUGGAAGUGUAAGACUUUGAAUUGGAAGACUUUGUAAAGACUUUGAACUGUCCUUGGAAAGCAUAUCUCAAAAAUCACCUGUGCUCUUUAGCAAAGGGAACAUGAACAAAUGAUCCAUUUACACCCACUGAUGUAAACCUGUCCUGUGGCUAAAUGGCAUGAAUAACAUCUGAGCCUAAACAUAAUGAACAGGAGAGCUUUUAGGAGCAAGUUCAGCCCUCUCAAAUCUAGAAUCAGACAAACACCAAAUAUGUCUUGAUCGUGCCUCUGUCCAAGAUGAAACACAUUUCUUGGAGCAGAGCAGAACAUGUUAUGGGAAAAUUGAUGAGGCUCUGAGCUCUAAAAAGUUUAAGUCCCAAUAGCGGGGCUGAAGUUUGUGUGCCUGAAACAUUGUCCUCUGGAUCCACUGGUCUGAUGUUGGUGCUGCCAAGUGAGACAUUUUUUUUUUUUUAGCUGUAAUGCAUCCCAGUGGCAUUCCAGCUCCUUCUUGAGCACACUCCACAUGACACUUUAGUGAUGGAGACCUGUGCUAUUCUUUAUAAGGUUUUCUUGAAUGCAGGACCAGUAGGCAGCUCUGGCACAAUGGGUCCAUUUACACGUGCCACAUUGUAAUUGAAAUUUUUAGAAAAUUGCAUUGGUAUGAGAGGAAUAAAACACUAGGACCUGCUGUUGUAGAGCAUCCUUCAUCACACCACCCAGUCAUUAUUUACUUUUCUAAAUGGAACAGUAAAUGUAUUGCUGCAACCCUACACUUUACAGCCCAUUCUCUAUUACAUAUACAAACUACAUAGACAUAUAUACAUAUAUAUGAACAAAUGUGCAACAUCCUUUAAAUAAGGAAUAAUUUAUUAAUUAUGUACUGAUUUUUUAAAACAUUAAGAGAAAGUGUUAGGAAAUUAUGACACUGUAAAGUUGUUUAUUGGUACAUGCUUGUUGUAGGUAGG